AUGGGGGCGCUUGUGGAACGGUUCAUCGCUGGUGACACUACGCUGAGAAAUAAACUCGAUGAAUACGUCUCAUCCCAGGCGUACAUUCAAACAGUGUCGAACCCAUCCGGUGGUCCUGAUACCGGAGGCUUAGGCGAGCCGAAGUUCAACGUCGACCGGACUGCAUUCACAGGGGCUUGGGGUCGCCCUCAGCGCGAUGGACCACCUCUUCGUGCCACCGCAUUGACUCUGUACGCCAACUGGCUGAUUGCCAACGGUAACACGACACAGGCGGCAAAUACUCUCUGGCCUGUCAUUGCCAAGGAUCUCGCGUAUGCUGUCAAAUACUGGAAUCAGACCGGUUUUGAUCUCUGGGAAGAGGUUAAUGGCUCCUCUUUCUUCACCCUCUCAGCUACUCAUCGUGCCCUCGUCGAAGGCGCCGCUCUCGCUACUAAGCUCUCGAAAAUAUGCGAUGGAUGUGCGGCCGCCGCCCCACAGAUCCUUUGCUUCCUGCAAAGCUUUUGGACUGGCAGGUACAUUGAUUCUAAUAUCAACGUAAAUGAUGGUCGUACUGGCAAGGAUGUGAACUCCAUCAUCUCCUCGAUCCAUACUUUCGAUCCAGCAUCAGCUUGCACCAACACAACCCUCCAACCCUGCUCUUCCCGGGCAUUACUCAAUCACAAGGCCGUCACUGACUCUUUCCGUGCUGUUUACAGCAUCAACAAAGGUAUCGCGCAAGGACAAGCUGUUGCAGUGGGAAGAUAUUCCGAAGAUGUUUACUACAAUGGCAAUCCAUGGUAUCUCGCAACCCUUGCCGCGGCCGAACAACUUUACGCCGCUGUUUACCAGUGGAACACUAUAGGUUCCAUUACGGUUGACUCCGUUUCUCUUCCCUUCUUCAAGGAUCUCCUUCCCAGCAUCACAACCGGUACCUACGCCUCAGGAUCGGCUACCUUCGAAUCGAUUGUGUCGGCUGUCACUACAUAUGGCGACGGUUACGUUGCAGUAGUUCAAAAGUACACACCUGCCAAUGGUGGUUUGGCUGAGCAGUUUGACAAGAGCAGUGGUUCCCCAGUUUCCGCCGUCGACCUGACCUGGUCUUACGCAGCUUUCCUGACUGCUACCGAUCGUCGCUCUGGAUCUGUUGGACCUUCUUGGGGAGAGAAUUCUAACAACGUUCCGCCCACGACAUGCACUGCUCCUCCUUCCUGCAACGUGCAAGUCACUUUCAACGAGCGCGUUACUACCACCUAUGGCGACAACAUUUUCAUCGUCGGACAGCUCACCCAACUCGGCAAUUGGGAUCCAAACAGCGCUAUUGCGCUCAGUGCGAGCAAGUACACCAGCAGUGACCCGCUCUGGUAUGCAACCGUCAGCCUCCCCGCCUCAACUUCUUUCACAUACAAAUACAUUAGAAAGACGUCAAGUGGCACAGUCGUCUGGGAGAGCGACCCGAACAGGAGCUACACAACUGGUAGCAGUUGCGGUAGCACUGCGACUCAGAAUGACACAUGGAGAUAA